AUGAAAGGUGCGUCCUUGGUGUUCCGCUUGUGCAUCUGCUGGUUGCUGUUGUUGAAGCUUUUUUUGCUAUACCUCGUGGGGACCCACGCCAAGAGAAACACGCUACCGAGUGAGAGGCAUAGAAGCAUCUUAGCGAAUGAAUCCUACCUACUUGGGAAUAGGGAAAGGGGAGGAGUCCCCCUGAAUGGGCAUAGAGGAGAAGCACGCAGGAAGAACUGGGGGAACAAGACCCACCCAUAUGGUUACCUCUCCAGCAGGGCCAUUUCCAAACUAUGUAAGAAUGGAAGCCCCCGGGUAGGUAGAAAAGAAGAAGAAAAAAAAAAGGAGAAAAAUAUACUGUUUGCAGAAAAUUACAAAAUAAGUCUGACAGAUAAACCAAUCAUAGAAGAGGUGCCCCGAAAUGUAAAAGGAAGAAUCAAUGAGUGGAUCCCCGAAUUUGAUGAGGAUAACAUGUUAGGUUUUUUUCCAAUUUUGUUGGAAGAGAUGUCUAAUGAGCCAUCUCCACUACAAGUAGGGUUUGAAGAUUAUAUGCAAUUUAAUGGAGAAAAUGUAGAAGAAAUUUUUAAAAAUAUGACUAGAGAGGUAACCCUAAAUGGAAAUAAAAAAAAAAUUUUUGGUAUGUGUUUCUUUAAUCACAAAACAGGAGUCCUGGCUCCGUUAGCAGUAUAUGCAGAAAUUAAGGACGUUACUAAAGUGGGAAAUAAUUUAGCUGUUAAGGGUAUAGUAAGGGGAAGAAUUAUUAUUCAAGAUAUUGUUUCCCAGGAGCCUUGCAUUUUAGGGAAGAUAUCACCUAUUGAGGAUAAGAAGGGGCUGUCAGAUCCUGAGGAGAGCUUAAAAAUGGUGGAUGAAAUUAUUCGGAUUCAUACACAGUGUACAAGUAUGGAGUCUCAACUGAUGGAGCAACUUGAUCAGUCUUUUGCAUCUAUGAAUAUUAAGUUAAGAAAUGACCUUAAAGAAUCCAUAGAUGCAAAACUGGAGAAAUUUCAAGUAGACCCUUCUGAUCCUGAACAGAGACAAGCUUUCGUCCAAAUUGCUUCCUUUGCGGCUUUCGAUUUUCACCUCAUGAUUGUCGAUAGGUAUGAUGCUUUGAUGCUGCAGAACUCGGAGGACAGACUCAGAUUCGUUCGAGAUAAGAUUAGACAAAAGCAGAAGCAGCUAGCCAUUAUUAAGAACACGCCUAAGGAGAAGCUCCAGGAGAUCCUCGAGCAAGUGCAGAGCUUGAAGAACCAGGGACAGAGGUACAAUCGG